UCACAUCAAAACGUAUUUUCGCCGGGGGUAACAUUUUGUUGGCUACGUUCUUAGAGAACAGGGUGACUCUGACUCAUUUUAAUCAUAAUCCAUAAUGGCCUUUAUCUCAACAGUUACAAAAAUCUCAGGACUUUUACCAUCUAUUGGUAAUUGUUCUGGAAUAAGUGGUCUUAGGUGUUUGAGUACAUCAUUACAUCAUAAUGCGGCAGCUAAGAAGAAUCUAUCAAAACCAAAUGUAAAAAACAUUGUGUUGGUUGAGGGUGUCAGAACACCUUUCCUCAUGUCAGGCACUGAUUACGCUGACUUGAUGCCUCAUGAUCUUGCAAGGGGAGCUUUAGAGGGGCUUGUGGCACAUACAAAAAUUCCAAAAGAUGCUGUUGAUUAUAUAUGCUUUGGAACCGUAAUUCAGGAAGUUAAGACAAGCAAUGUUGCCAGAGAGGCUGCAUUGGGGGCAGGUUUCUCAGACAAGAUUCCAGCACACACUGUAACAAUGGCAUGCAUAUCUUCCAACCAAGCCAUAACAUCAGUGAUGGGUAUGAUUGCAAUGGGUCAGAUUGAAUCAGGUAUUGCAGGAGGUGUAGACUUCAUGUCUGAUGCACCAAUUAGACACAGCCGACAGAUGAGGAAAUUCAUGAUCUCACAACAAAAGGCCAAGACUGUUUCAGCAAAGCUUGCUCUUGCUUCAAGACAGCUCAGUAUGGCAGCAUUUGCUCCCGAGUUACCUGCUGUAGCAGAGUUCUCUACAAAUGAGGUUAUGGGUCAUUCAGCUGAUAGACUCUGUGCAGCAUUUAGUAUUGGAAGGAAGGCCCAAGAUGAGUUUGGUCUACGUUCACACAGUUUGGCAGAUAAAGCUACUAAAGCAGGCCUGUUGGAAGACCGCCUGAACUACACUGUGCCGGGAAAGGGAACUGUUGUCCAGCGUGAUAACGGAAUUCGACCCUCCACCAUGGAACAGAUGAGCAAGCUACGAGCAGCUUUCAUCAAACCACAUGGCACUGUUACUGCUGCUAAUGCCUCUUUCUUGAGUGAUGGUGGCUCAGCGUGCUUGAUUAUGUCUGAAGAGAAAGCCUUGGCCAUGGGCUACAAACCUAAAGCUUAUCUAAGGAACUUUGCCUAUGUGUCACAAGACCCAAAGGAUCAGCUUCUCUUGGGUCCUGCAUAUGCAACCCCAAAGGUUCUUGAGAGUGCUGGUCUCAAAAUGUCUGACAUCGAUGUCUUUGAGUAUCAUGAAGCAUUUGCUGGACAGAUCCUUGCCAAUCUGGCAGCUAUGGAUUCAGAUUACUUUGCUCAAACACAAAUGGGAAGGAAAGAGAAGGUUGGUGCACCACCAAUGGACAAGUUCAACUUGUGGGGAGGGUCAUUAUCAUUGGGUCAUCCAUUCGGAGCAACAGGUGUAAGGCUAGCUACCACUGCUGCCAACAGACUAAAGAAAGAGGACGGACAAUUUGCCCUCAUCGCAGCUUGCGCAGCCGGAGGACUGGGACAUGGCAUGCUUGUCGAAAGGUAUCCAGCAUAGAAUGUUGCAAUACAUCUGAAUUAGUUUGAAAUUGUAAAUAAAUGGCUCUAAUUUUGAUUUGAAUGGGACUGUUGGCAGCCAUUACAGGACUCAAGGAGCUGUUUUUACUAAUUUACAGAAAUAUAUAUAUAUUGACAAUGCAGUUCAGUCUUUGCCAACUCUUUCAGGCUCUAGAUUGUGAUGCCAUAAUAUUUGUGAUGGAAAUGCAAUAUGAGUAAUCAAAAACAUUACUUUCUGUUAUUGGAAAUUGUUUCCUUCUUUGAGUGUCAGAUUACAGUAUUCAAAUACUGUACACAUAAUUUCUACUGUGUUCUAUAUUUAAGUGUACAUUGCGGACUCUAGAUGCCAGCAGUGUUUCUGUGAGAGGUCAAGUUAAGAUUGAAAUAAAGUUAUUUGUAACCCCUACGUUA